UGUUAUCACACAACCAUCGACGGCACUGGGCAUACAACACCCCCCCAGGGUCAACUUGUCGACCCCUUCUUUCCCAUCUCCGGUAAAAGGUCCUCCAUGUGAUCCAAUCGCCCUCUAUGAUCGGGUACUGUUUCUACCAGGAUCCUUUCUUCCCGCCAUAGCCCUCAUGUCCAUCCGGCCUCUGCCAGACGACGUGGUUCAGCAGAUCAGGUCGUCCGUCGUCAUUACCUCCUUGAACGACGCCGUCCUUGGCCUCAUCAAGAACUCUGUGGACGCCUCGGCUACUAAGAUCAACGUCUCGGUCGAGUACGCUAGAGGCAACUGCUCCGUCGAAGACGAUGGCCUCGGUAUCGCACCUGACGAGUUUCGCGAGACCGGAGGAUUAGGCAAGCAUCAUUGUGAGCACAGCAGUCGCCGCUCUCGGGAGACAGUAUGGGGGAACCGGGAGGGGGUGAACAUGCUAAUACUCAGUCCCUUUUCGCAGACACCUCGCGAUAUCCGCCGACGGACCACAUCUAUGGAUCCCACGGCGCCUUCGUCUCUUCGCUGGCCACCCUGUCCCUGACCUCCAUCACUUCUCACCACCACGAACAUCUUUCUCACAACACCAUCACCAUCCAUAACGGAAAAGUCUUGGCCCGCAACACCCCGGCCCUCCCGGAGCACAGGCUUCGGCUGCUCUCCUCUGACCAUGGCACCCGUGUCGUCGUCCGAGACCUCUUUGGGCGCAUGCCUGUCCGCGUCAAGCAGAGGCCCUUGGCUGCCGACAAGUCCUCGCUGGAUAGGGAAUUUUCUCGUCUCGUCCGCUUGGCUGUUGCCAUCGUUCUCGCCUGGCCUCGCCCCGUCGUCCUUUCGCUUCGAGACGGCAUCACCGGCAACCAAGUCCGGCUCAGACCGCCCCCUCCGUCUCACCAGUCGGGCGUUCAGACACAGACUCACUCCGACGCUGAUGCGACUCUGACGACCCGAGUCUCCACGUCCUUGGUGCAGGCCGGCUUGGCCGACGAUCUGUCCUACGGCACCUGGGUUCCCGUCGCCGCAUCGGCCGGCAACUUGUCCGUACGUGGCUGCAUAUCCCUCAACGCCGUCGCCACGAGGCGGGCCCAGUUCAUCAGCCUGGGCAUCCACCCCCUGCACAACGAGUACGGCCUCAACGUCCUCUACGACCAGGUCAGCCGCGUGUUUUCCAACUCGGCCUUCUCUGCCGAAGAAGACGAAGGCGACACCGACGGCGAGCCGAGGGACAAGUACGCCGCCCGGCAGCUGAGGACGAAACGGACGCUCGAUCGCUGGCCCAUGUUUUACUUUCGCGUAGAGCUGUCCUCGGACCAGGAGCCUGCGCGGCGCUUGCCAUCCUUGGACGAAACCCUCGACCGCCCCCACACGCUUUCCGGCAUCGUCGACCUGUUGAGGUUGAUGUGCUUCGAAUUCUUGAAGAAGUAUCACUUUCGGCCCCAUUCGCUGGCGAGGGACACUCGCUCCGCGAAGAAGGAUAUUUCGAGCAGGUUCCAGACGACCACGCAACCCGCUGAACGGAGGGGUGCCGCUGCGACUGCCGCUGCCCCGUCGAAACGCAAGCACCCACGGUCUGCGACGCCCGUAGCAACCGCCCCCCGCCGUCCAGAGUCGCCCUUUGACCUGUGGCAGCGCGUCAAGGUCGGUAAAGCGAGGCAAGCCCAAUCUCCUGCGUGUAAAUCGUGUGCGCACGAGUCGCCGUCGAAGCCGGAAUCUCCCCUCAUUGACAAGAACGGUCGACUGCUGCGACAGCCUUUUGACGAUGUGGACGUACCGGAAGUAACCACGACCAAGUGUGGCGAUGGAAAAUUCCGCGAUGCAGCGUAUGGCACUCCUACCAGUCGACCCGGGAGCUCCCAACCUAAAGCUCCCGGGACCUCGACUACAUUUCCCGCCUCUCGUUUCAACGAAUCACAGAGCGACGCAUCUGUUGCGCCUGCUGCGUCAUGCCGCGAAUAUACCACGCAAAAGAGAAUCCGACUCGAGGACACCACGACGACCGAGAGCGAACCUAGCGAGUGGGUGGAAAAGGUGGUUUCGGCGUGGGAGAACCCCGUGUUCCCAACCGUAGACCCACCCGUGCGACGCAUCGAAGAGGCGACAACCACCGCGGGCGGCGACGCAAAAGACCCUACCCGGGCUUGUACUGGCGGCGUCUCCUUCGACCUAUCCACGCUCCGACUGGGCGAAAAGCUGUCCAGAGGCGCCCUGGGUCGGGCCAAAGCCAUCGCGCAGGUGGACCGAAAGUUCCUCCUCGUCAGACUCCCUUCGGAAACGCGGUCCCUGUUGGUGCUCGUCGACCAGCACGCCGCGGACGAGCGGUGCCGCCUCGAAGCCCUGAUGCGGGACUACUUCGUCGACGUCGACGGGACGGGGCCGCGAGCUCGAACAGAGACCCUGGGAACAACCCUAACAUUCGAAUUCGACGUCCGGGAGUGCGAGCUGCUUCGCCGCUUUUCGGCUUACUGGAGCCACUGGGGGGUGGUGUACCGCGUCAGGCCGCCCGUGCAGCACGGCCAACGGCAGCCACAUCCCCGUCCCCCGGAAAGCGGGCGUCGUCGAACCGGCGUCGUGGAUAUCACGAGCCUGCCGCCCAGCAUCCUGGAAAGGGGCUGCGCGGAGCCGCGGCUCGUGGUGGGCCUGCUCCGUAACGAGAUUUGGAGGUGGGAGGACGAAGGGGGGGUGCCCGCGUACGCGUACGCGGCAUCAUCCCAGGGCGGAGCGGGCGUCCGGAGCGCGGCCGACUGGGUGGCCAACUUCCAGGGAUGUCCGCAGGGGAUCUUGGACAUGCUCCAUUCCAGGUCGUGCCGCAGCGCCAUCAUGUUCAAUGACGAACUGUCCCUGGAGGAGUGCGGCGACCUGCUUCGACGGCUGGGUUGCUGUGUGUUUCCCUUUCAGUGCGCGCACGGGAGGCCGUCGAUGGUUCCCCUGGUCGACAUGGAGAGCUUGUCGUAUGUUUUUCGGGGGGAGGAAAAGACUACGAGGGGAGGUUUUGGUAAACAGCUUCUGCAGUCGGGGAUUAUGAAGGAAUGAAUAGAGGCGUUGGUUGGGAUAUACGGAUAGGAUUCAGCAUGAUACCCAGUUGAUAUGUCCAUUGGAGGUAUUGCGGUAUUGAUAUAGGGGAU